CUACGGUUUUCCAUCAGUUUCCCGACAAAAAUGGGGCAGUCGGACGACAUUGAAGACUCUACUUACAGUAGGCAUCAAGAUUUGUGUCAGAAAUUGAAUAUGGAUGCGACUGCUGCGUCCGAGGCCUGGAAAUCCUACGAGUCUAUUCGACAAAAUUAUACUCUCGAGGGUGAUCAGUUACAUUGGAUAGGCUGCGCAUUGUAUGUAGCAUGCCGCAAGUCUUCUAUACCUACUGUUGGAAAAACAGGCGCUAACGUAGAAGGCAAUUGCGUGUCAUUGACACGUCUGUUGCAAUUGUGCAACCUUCCGUUAAUACAGUUUUUCACAAAAAGCAAAUCUUGGGCAGACAUGGCCAACAUGUCGCAAGACUUUCGCUCAAAGAUCGAGAAGCUGGAAGGAAACUUUUCCGUUUCUAUGGUCAUAUUUAAAAAGUAUCAACCGAUCUUUACGGAUAUAUUCAAAGAUCCAGCGGAUGAUAUUUCACGACCACCGAGAUCCAGACGGCACAAAGCAAUGCCUUGUACUCCCGCCAGAGUAUUUGAAUUCUGUUGGACAUUAUUUAUUUGCAUAAAGGGAGCAUUUCCAGAUAUCUCGGACGAUUUGGUUAAUUCUUAUCAUUUACUUUUAGUUUGUUGUGAUCUUAUAUAUAACAAUGCUCUGUUGGCUAAUAGGAAAGACCUCUUAAAUCCUAACUUUCCAGGUCUACCUCAUAAUUUUAACGAUGAAAAUUAUACCCCGCCACAAACAGAAAAUUGUAUAGUUAGUUUAUUGUGCGAACGUCACGAAGCUAUUGCGGUUGAAGCUAAAGUCAUUAAGGAGUAUUACCUGAAAAAUCAUAUCAAUCAACUGUUCAAGGAAAGAGUAUUGCGCGGAGAUCAGUCGAAUUUUUCUGGUAUUUUAGAAGCUUUAAAUUUUGAUGGUAACAACAAAGCUAUCAAUAAAGUGUACGAACAACAUGUACUAAGUGUUGGAGACUUUGAUGAAAGAAUUUUCUUAGCUGAUUGGAGACGAAUCAGACUAAAUGGAAUAUCAAGCUUGGAAAUAGUGGGAGAAGAUAUUACUUAUGCUAAAUUAUUCAAACGUAUUUUUUUGAAAGGUCAAGAUGCUAGUAAUAAUAUUGGCUCCCCUACGCAGAUGAUGAAUAUUAGCGACCUUCAGGAACAAUUUCAAUUAAAAAGAGAACAAUACAGUGGGCAGAUACAGCAUUUGGCUCCACCCACUCCAUUGACUGGUCGCGGUUAUCUUAGACCAAAAGAUAUUACCAACGUGACACCGGUAUCUACUGCAACGCAAAGUGUAAUUCGACUGCAAGCGAUGCUGGCGGGUCAAACAUCGCCGAGUGAAAACUUGUUGCAAAUUUUGAACAGCUGCUCUCAAGAUGUAAAAUCACUCGUCGAGGUGAAAGUUAAAGAAAUUGGGGAACAGUUUUGUGCUAAUUACAACAACAGUACGAACGCUAGUGAAAGUACUUCAGACUUUGGAAAGAAGAGACUUUACUUGGGUCAGACUCUGUUCUAUAGACUGCUAGAAAUGAUUUUAAACGACGAGAAACGCAAGAAACCAAAUUACGAUGUAACGAAUCUUCUCAUGAACGAGGUAUUUAUUCAGUGCUUAUUUGCUUGUUGCUUAGAAAUUGUUAUUUACUCGUAUAAGAGUAACGACAAAGUGUUCCCGUGGAUCCUGAAUGCAUUGAAUUUGGACGCUUACUACUUUUAUAAAGUAAUAGAGAUCAUAGUCAGGGCCGAGGAUCAGCUGUCGCGCGAUGUCGUGAAACACUUGAAUCAAAUAGAGGAGAAGAUUUUAGAGUCGCUGGCGUGGCAGAGCGACAGCCCUUUGUGGGGUGCGAUUCAGUCGACGACAGAAGGUGUUCCAAGCUGCGAAGAGGUUUCAUUGCCAGGCACGUUGGAGACCGUUGACCCGAAUAUACCUGGACAGCCGGUAUUGAGGAGAAUCGCAUUAGAUCGCGGUACUCAUCACGACGUGCAACAAAGUCCCAUCUCGUCCGCCUCGGAAAGAUUUCAGUCCCCCGUCGCGGCGUCCGGUAUAGCAAAGAAACGUCUGUUCCCCGACACCAGAAUUGGCGGACAGAGCGUGUUACGGGUAGGGGGCCAAAAUGUCCUACCAUCGAAAGUUUUAACCAUCUUCGGCAACUCGCGGAUACUUCAGCUACCUGAACAAAUCACGGUGCCGAGGUCAUCGAACGCGCCUACCACGAGUACACCGAUACAAACCGUAACGAUGAACAGGGAACCAGCGAAACCGAAACGAACCGGUUCCGUGGCAUUGUUCUUUAGAAAAUUUUACAAUCUCGCGAGCGUGCGAAUGCUAGACUUGUGCAGCUCGCUGGAAAUAAUGGACAUCGACCUGAAGAAAAAGAUAUGGACGAUCUUCGAGUACUCCGUGAAAGAGCGAACGGAUCUGAUGAAGGACCGACACCUCGAUCAAAUUUUAAUGUGUGCAAUUUAUGUAAUAUGCAAGUUAGCCAAAGUAGAAAAGAAUACAUUCACGGAGAUCAUGCGGUGUUAUCGAUUGCAACCGCAAGCGGAGUCGCAUAUUUAUAGAUCAGUGCUUAUCGUUAAAACGCCGUUCAACGAGCCGCAAGUCAACAACGACGAACCUGGCCCCAGAGACGUCUCCGAUCAGGAAAUGAAUGUGGCGCCACCUACGCCCACGAACAUGGCUGGAACGUCGCAGAAUUUCGGCGAGGAGACGCGCGGCGACCUGAUCAAAUUUUACAAUACCGUAUACGUGCCGCAGGUUAAAGAGGUGGCGAACAGAUUGGGGCUGUCGCGCGGAAGCGUGAUGAAUUUGUCGCUGAGCCCGUUGCCAAAGGGGAAACCUCUGGCGAGUUCUCCCGUGAGACGCGUCACCGGUAGUAUUAAGACGCGUACACUGGACCCGAAAGCUAUUUCGGCCUCUCCGGCGCCGCAACUUAGUUAUUGCUUCAGUCGUAGUCCGGCCAAGGAUUUGGAAGCUAUUAAUAGGAUGAUGAUCUCUGUUGACCCGAAGCGAUCGGUCGGCAAGCGAUUAUUAUCGGACGACACCGACGUAGAAAUGACAGAGGGAAGAUCUCCCAUAAAAAAGACAACUGCGUUCGUCGCACGCAAAUUGGAGAACAUCAUUGGAGAACGACGUACACAAAAUCAAUAAGAAACACGAUCGAGCAUCGAAUUUGAUUAUCGAGAAUCGUAAAUAUAUGGGUAACGGAAAGAAAAUGAUUAGAAAACAAGUCGCGUUGUUUCCGUUUGGAUAUAAUUUUUCUUUAAAAAAAAAACAACAAACGAGUAAACGAAACAUGUUUAAAGUUGAAUUUUUUUUUUUAUUUCUUCUUGGCUGUGUAGCUUAAAAUAAAUGAAAUAUUUGCUUCUCAGGUAUGAUUACGUAAGAGACAGAGAAAAGGCCUGUAUAAUACCUAAUCGUAUGUAAGGGUACGAUAUUGUUAUAUUGAGUAAAGCCAGAAUUUUAUUUCCAGUUUUUAACUUUUAGUAAACGUAAGAAAAUAGAACGAACUGGGCAUUUUUUUUUUCUUUUUUUUCUUUGAUUUUGAUAUUAUUUGAUGACGUUUAAUUUUAAAAUAUAUUCUAUUCGCGCCGUGUAAGCGAUUCGUUGUUACUUGAUAAGAGGUAGAGUUUUAAUAUCACAGUCGUAAAGGAAAGUGCAAACAAAACUUCGAAGCUGGUUUAAAUUGCACAGAAUUACAAGGGACUGCGAAGGUGUUGCUAAGAGUCAUUGUUUGCGUUUCACUGGAAAUGAUUCUGACUUUUAUUGAUAUCACUGGAUCAAUGAUAUUUUGAUCGAGUUCUGUACUCUCUCUAUAUAUAUAUAUAUGUAUGAUGAGUUUGUAAAAGUUACGGCCAUAGAUGGUAAAAAGACUCUAUUUUACCAGUAGAUUUAAGCAUGCUGAAAGACGACACAAGCUCUUGAAGCAUGCAAAUACGAUUUGGGUGAUAUUUAAUUAAAUUUACUAGGCAUAAGUUUGAAGCUACAAAAUUUCAACGUUUGAUCGUCCAAUGUAUUCUUGGUCUUGAAUGUAAUAAGUUAUUAGUGUCUUUCGAGAUAUUUCGUUCGUUCGAGAACUGAGACUAUUUCAGAUCUCGGUUGCACGUAAUGCGUGUAUUAGGUAUAAGUGUUUUUCAAAUUUGUCUUUUGAUCUCAUUAAUCUGUCUUUUAUUA